AUGGCAGAGCCUCCCUCAGACUCCAGGCUUUGGUGUCUGUGCCCCUCUGAGUGUGUGUGCGGUCACGUGGAAACCCGAGCCCACGCUGAGGAAAGGCUCCUGAAGAAACUCUUCUCGGGCUAUAACAAGUGGUCCCGCCCUGUAGCCAACAUUUCGGACGUGGUGCUGGUCCGCUUUGGAUUGUCCAUCGCACAGCUCAUUGAUGUUGAUGAGAAGAAUCAAAUGAUGACCACGAACGUGUGGGUGAAACAGGAGUGGCACGACUACAAGCUGCGCUGGGAUCCCCUGGAAUAUGAAAACGUGACAUCAAUCCGGAUCCCCUCUGAGCUCAUCUGGAGGCCGGACAUCGUCCUGUACAACAAUGCGGAUGGAGACUUUGCUGUCACUCACCUGACCAAAGCCCACCUGUUUUACGAUGGCAGAAUCAAAUGGACACCUCCUGCCAUCUACAAAAGCUCCUGCAGCAUCGAUGUCACCUUCUUUCCCUUUGACCAGCAAAACUGCACCAUGAAGUUUGGCUCCUGGACCUAUGACAAAGCCAAGAUAGACUUAGUGAGCAUGCACAGUCACGUGGACCAACUGGACUACUGGGAGAGUGGGGAAUGGGUCAUCAUUAAUGCCGUGGGCAACUACAACAUCAAGAAAUACGAGUGCUGCACAGAGAUCUACCCUGAUAUAACCUACUCCUUUAUUAUCAGGAGGCUGCCUUUGUUCUACACCAUCAAUCUGAUCAUCCCUUGCCUCCUCAUCUCCUGCUUGACUGUCUUGGUUUUCUACUUGCCUUCGGAGUGCGGUGAGAAGAUCACGCUUUGCAUCUCCGUGCUACUGUCGUUGACUGUCUUUCUGCUGCUCAUCACUGAGAUCAUCCCCUCCACCUCCCUGGUCAUUCCCCUGAUCGGAGAGUAUCUGCUCUUCACCAUGAUAUUUGUCACCUUGUCCAUCAUCAUCACGGUCUUUGUACUGAACGUGCACCACCGCUCACCACGCACCCACACCAUGCCAGACUGGGUGAGAAGGAUCUUCCUCGACGUGGUCCCGCGCCUCCUCUUCAUGAAGCGGCCCUCAGCAGUGAAGGACAAUUGCAAGAAGCUCAUCGAGUCCAUGCACAAAAUAGCCAACGCUCCAAGAAUUUGGUCCGAGACCGAAGCAGAGCCCAACUUUGUGACCUCCUCUUCAAACAGCCCUCAGAACAAUGAGCAAUCCCCCACAGCCUCCCUCUGUGCCCAUCUCGAGGAGCCAACCAAGCCCCCAUCGGUCUGCAAGUCACCUUCAGGCCAGUACUCUGUGCUGCACCAGGAGCCAGUGCAGGUGAGCUGCUCUUCCCCGCAGCCCCCCAGCCAUCCCCUGAGCGACACGCAAUCUCCCUCCAUCGCAAAAAGCAGGUCAUUAAGUGUUCAGCAGAUGUACAGCCCCAAUAAAGAUGAGGAAGGGAGCAUCCGGUGUAGAUCCAGGAGCAUCCAGUAUUGCUACCUGCAGGAGGAGUCAUCCCAGACCAACGGCCAGUCCAGCGGCUCUCCGGCCUCUCAACGUUGCCGCCUGAAUGAAGACAGGUCCCCGCGCAAGCCCUCUCCCUGCAAGUGCAAGUGCAAAAAGAAGGAAGCCGCCAGCACGUCAGGGCAAGGCGCCAAAGCUCACAGCACCAAAGAGCAGCCCCUUCUGCUGAUGUCCCCUGCCCUGAAGCUGGCGGUGGAGGGGGUCCACUAUAUCGCAGACCAUUUGAGAGCAGAAGAUGCAGAUUUCUCAGUGAAGGAGGACUGGAAGUACGUUGCCAUGGUCAUUGACAGAAUCUUCCUCUGGAUGUUCAUCAUUGUUUGCUUGCUGGGAACUGUCGGUCUCUUCCUUCCACCUUGGCUAGCAGGCAUGAUCUAAGAAUAGCUUUGGCAAGAACAAAGUUUGCCCCAUUCGGAGGGUUUUCGGCCGCCUGGAAGGAGACGGAGCAGGAGACAGGUCUACCCGAAUAAUUUACUGUGUGUCUGCGCAUGAAUCGUUCCUGAGAGCUCUGGGAACACCUUCUACGGUUCCAUCAUUUGCCAAGCCAUUCUCAUCUUCUGCAUCUUCUUUCUGGGGGAAACUGUUAUUAAUGUGUAUACAUAGCAUGGUGGCAUUCAUUGACGUAUAUCUAACAAAGGAAGGACAUGGGCACGAUUCCUGAAAGCAGUGCAAAUGGUGGCAUUGUAGACAGAACAGCCAAAUUAGUUCCACUUGACUCGAGAGAGGCGCCCAUGCAUCCUCAAAUAGCAAGGUCACCUCUAAACCUGAAGUCAUUCAGGAUGGUAUGUCCUUGUGACGGUCCUUUUAUAAAUAAAGGGUCAGAUUUGGGAUUCCUGCCCAGGAGAUGC